AUGUGGGGAGCCAAGGGUUUGCAUAUCCUCGCGCUGGUGGCGGCAGGCUGCUUCGUUUGCUGCUGCUGCAGCAGCAGCGCAGCAGCAGCAGCAGCAGCAGCAAGCGCGUACAGAAGCCCGAACGCGACCGACACAGCUGUGGGUCUGGGGGAGGAGACGGCGACAGCGGAGGGCUCGGAGGUGCUGCUGCAGCGCUCGCAGCAGCAGGGCCCAGCAGCAGCAGCAGCAGCAGCAGCAGCAGCAGAGUUGGAAGACGGCACCGUGUACUUGCUGUCGCCGCAGCAGCAGCAGCAGCAGCAGGAGCUGCUGGAGCAGCUGGAGCAGCAGCAGGCGGCGCGGCGGCGGCACGUGGGGGGCCUGCGGCGGGCCGUGGGGCUGCUGCUGCUGCUGCCGCUGCUGCUGCUGCUGCUGCACGAGUACGUGGUGCUGCCGAAGGUGCAGCAGCAGCAGCAAGCCUUCUACGAGCGCCGCCGCGAACGCCUCGACGAAGACAAGGCCUACGAACUCGUGCUGCAGCGCGAACCUGCUGCUGCUGCUGCUAGCAUCUUAGCAGGAGUGGCCUUAACAGCAGCAGUUCUUUACUUUGCUUUUGCCUUCGCCAGAGUUGUCUCCCACAACACUUGGCGGCGAAAGUCUCCUUUUUACAAGCUGCUGCGCAACGAGGGCGCCGACGAGCUGCUGCAGCAGCUGCAGCAGCUGCAGCAGCAGCAGCAGCAGCAGCAGCAGGCCAGCCAGACCCACGCACAGCAAGGCAGCAGCAGCAGCAACGAGGGACCCGAAGGGCAGCAGCGGCCGGCGUCUCCCAGCCAGCAGCGAGCUAACUAG